UUGAAUUAUGUCACGUUGAGAAGUUGUAGUCUAAUUUUAUUGUGUUUAUCCCACUAUCGUUCAAUUGGCCACUCAUAUUUAUGCUUAUUUGCCUCUUUACACAACAGAACGAAUGCUGCAAUUAGAUGGUCAGUAAAUCGUAUUGUUUCAACAUAUGAAGAAGAAGCCUUCAAUGAGACUGACCAUGAGAUGGGCCUAGAAGGAGACGCAGAUACAUUUUGGGAGCCAGAGUAUGAAUCGAACUCAGAAUUAAGUGAUACCGAAGAACCAUCCACAUCGACCUCAUCCCAAUCACAAUCCGAUUUAUCUACACGUCGUGAAGUACACUCAACGCUAUUUGGUUUUCAUGACGACCUAACUUUGUGCUCCUAUGUCUCAAAAAAAUCUAAAGCUGUUGUAGUAUUGUCGUCUAUGCAUCAUGAUGACAUCAUAGACGAGGGAGAAUUGAAGAAGCCGGAGAUGAUUUUAUUCUAUAAUAAAACAAAGGGUGGCGUAGAUACUAAUGACAAGUUGUGUUCCACAUAUAACGUUGCUCGACGGACGAAGAGAUGGCCUAUGGUUAUCUUUUUUCAUUUAUUCAAUGUGUCUGCUAUAAAUGCAUUCGUUAUUUAUAACUUCAAUAACAAUGAGGCUACCAUAAGGAGACGAAUUUUUCUAAAGUUAUUAUCAACAGAAUUAGUAAAAGCACAUAGAUUAGCGCGAGCAAUAGUUCCGUCCCUGCCUAGCGCUUUGAAAAAGCGAUUGUCAAAACCCGAAGCUGCGACUCCUUCAACGUCUAACACAGGAUUGCACCCAGCAAAAAGAGGAAGGUGCUACAUCUGUCCACGAAAAGGCGACAGGAAAACGACCGCAAAGUGUAAUAAGUGCAACAAUUUUAUCUGUGGCGAUCAUACAAAGAAAAUUUGUGAUAAUUGUUGA